CCCAAUUGUUGACUGGUAUUGACUUUAAAAUGUCUUGAGACAAGAAGAUCUUACAGAGAAAAUGACAGACUACCGGGAGGAUGGCAUGGACUUGGGGAGCGACGCCUCCAGUCGCUCCAGCUCCGAGUCCAACUCCAACAAGGUGACACCCUGUUCUCCCUCCUUAGACCUGGCAUGCCUGGAGGACUACAAGUCCUCCCCAUCCCUGGAACUGGCAACCUUAGAAGGGGACUACAAAACCUCUCCCUCCCUGGAUCUGGCAACCCUGGAGGAUGAGGAUUAUGAGGAGGAUGAGGACUACCAGGAGUACAAGAAGAAGGUGAUUGAGGAGUGGAAGAGCGAGUACGGGGAGGACUACAGCUCCCAGCAGGCCCUGGCCAGGAGGAGGGUGGGGUUGUGUGGACACACAGCCACCUUCGCUGCUGCCGUGCCUGAGGAACUGAAACAGAAUGGCAACCUGAUCCUGCCCCACUCCCCUACCAGGCCAGUACCCAGGGGCACGGGGGCCACCAAGCCCAGCCACAGGCGCCCCAGCCGGUCGGAAAACCGCAGCAGCUUUGGGAACCCACUCCCCGUUGUCAUUACCGAGGCGCAGCAAGUCCGCGCCUGUCUAGGAUGCUGUGAAGAAUGGUUCACCAGGAAAACUGUUCUCACCAG